AACAGAUUAUUAUGGAAUAGGGGAAUUAUCUGCUAGGCAAAUGCAUUUGGGCUAUUUUUUGAGGAUGCUGCUUAGAUUAGUUGAUGAGCAUGGCGUUGCUGUGGUAAUAACAAAUCAGAUGAUGGCAGAUGCGAGCACAACUAGAUUAUAUUUGAGGAAAGGAGGUGGUGAAACGAGGAUGUGCAUAAUAUAACAUUCUCCCUGUCUUCCUGAAAGGUAGGCUAUCUUUGCCAUUAAUGCUGAUGAUAUUGGUGAUGUUAAAUAA